AGGCGCUUUGACUGUUUUGGCCACCCAUUUCGCUCUAGGGUUCUCACCGCCCUCGGGUGCGGGACCGACCCGAAGCGGCAGAAUUUCUGCCGUGCAGAAGGCAGAGCGAUGGCUUGUGUCGCGGCGACUAUCACGAAAGCUAUAUACAUCGAUCGGUUCCUUGCCAAGCAACGACAGGACAAUCACUAGCACCAUCAACCAAGCGAAUUGACUCUGGCCAGAUCACGACCCCGGAAUUCCUCGCAGCCAUGGCAUCCGAAUCCCCGGCACCGACUUCGACCCCGGCAGCACCUCCAAGCCCCUCCUCCAUCAAGCCCAAGGAGGUCGUCAACGAUCCCUUGCGCACUGGCUUCGACCCCGAGACGAAAUGGUGGAUGAACUACUUCAAGAUCCUCGCUGGCCAGAUGACCCCCGAGGGCCAAUUCCACUACCGUGAAUGGCGGUACCGAGUCCACGAGGAGCGCGACUGCAAGCGUUGCGAGGACUACCGCGAUUGGCUCUUCACCUACUCCCCCGUCGUGCGCUUCAUGUCCGAGAAGAUCGAGGGUCUCAACGGGCGGCUAGAUCGGUCGAAUGUCGUCUGCCGCCGCUGCCCCGCGCAUCUGGAGGAGGACGGCCAAGUCCAUCGCCAGUCUGGCGGCUUCAGCCCCAACCACGGCAUCCUGCUGUGCGCUAACGAGGUGCGCGAUCGGAAACACUUGGAGGAUACACUGGCGCAUGAGAUGGUGCACGCGUGGGACCAUUUGCGAUGGAAGGUGGACUGGACCGGCGGCAAGGACUUGAAGCACGCCGCAUGCACCGAGAUUCGUGCGUCAAUGCUCAGUGGAGAGUGCAGGUGGACCAGAGAGGCUUUCACGAGAGGAAACUGGAAGUUGACACAACAGUUCCAGAACUGCGUGCGGAAAAGGGCAAUGCAGUCUGUCAUGGCUCGUCCACAAUGCAAAGACGAGACCCACGCCAACAAGGUCAUCAACCAGGUCUGGGACUCAUGUUUCUCAGACACUCGGCCGUUCGACGAAGUCUACAGAUGAUAGAAUUUACCCUGUUUCAGGCGUGUAUUAUAUAAGAAAAAAGACUCGACGAGGGGCUCCGAACCGAGCAGCGUGAAGCCCCUCUACUUACUCCAAUGCCAUUUAACGAUACCCCCAGACAAACAUAUGAAAACAGCGUUCUCAUUGCGUUUGACUGUUAUGAUUGAAUCCACAAAAGAAAACUCGUUACUCCUUCC